AGAGGAGCGGAGCGUGGUAGGUAGAGUACAGCAAACACCACCCCGAUCCAAGGUGUGAGAGGGUAGAGAAGCACGGACAGCCAGCGAGGACAGCAGUGCUUGCCGCAAGCGAUGGCAACCGAGUCAGGAUCUUCCUCACGAGUCCAGAAGACGACGUCAUCCGAUGGCGCGGCCGGUAGCGCCAGGACGACUAGAACCGACACGGGCGACGCCAGCAGCGGUGCUGUGACGCUUGUAUCGAUGGACGGGGACGGCUUCGUAGUUGAGGCCUCGGCAAUCAAGGUCUCCAAGCUUCUCAAUGCCAUGGUGGAUGGGUCAACCAAGAAUGCUACCAAGGAAAUCCCGCUCCCGAACAUGCGCAGCAACGUCGUGGCAAAAGUGGUGGAGUUUUGCCAGCACUACCAGACGGACCCUAUGACCGACAUUCCGAAGGCAACCUGUUCAGUUCGGCAAGACCGUGGGAGACCACGUUCAGGAGUGGUAUUCCACGUUCGUGAAGGCUUUGGGGAACGAGAUGCUGUUCGAGAUGCUGCUGGCAGCAAACUACUUGGAUCUUUCCCCGCUCUUGGAGCUCUGCGCCGCGACUGUGGGUCUCCGGACUAUGAAUAAGACGCCCGAAGAGAUUCAGCGAGAGUUCAACAUCAAGGAACCGUUUUCGCCGGAGGUGGAGCGAACAUUACGACAGGAAAACAAGUGGAGCACAGAGCCCCCAAUUGGCAGCUAGCUGAGUAGGACGAGAGAAUACGACGGGAAGAGUCCUGAGUAGUAUCUGCUAAACGUGUGAAUAGUGAUCAAUACGCCGGGGUGCAUCGUUGAGUAGCUUUGGUGAAAGCAUGUAGAUGCGCGAAAAUACAGCAGUGGUUGUAUAUAUAUGUAGUAUUCAAUAUGACAUUGGCGAGUCGAAGAAAGUGAAGUAUAGUAAUGGGAUGGUGUGUACUUUUGCAUUUUUUGCAACGGUCGCAGUCUGUCAUGCGCUUUUCUGUAUCCUGCAAACUUGGAGCUCCUCUGCUGGUGUGGGUAGGGCGGGCGUCCUGCCAAGACCGUUCAAGUCUGGCAGGAGACAUUGAAGAAUAUAGGGAUGUCUGCACGGGGGCCCGAACAGCAGCAAGAGGGUCGAUGUGCAGCCUCGCCAAGCCCGGUAUCGAGCAAGUGGAUGGAAACCAAUGUAGAACAUUGAUAGUGUCGAUAUUGUCGUGAACACAAGACUUCAUCAACAGGUUGGCCCCAUUGUAUUUGCUUUGAAUGUAUAUUUUUUUGCGCUUGCAUUUGCGGAGGAACCAAGUUUGGAGAUUUCGCCAGCGGGGUGGGGGUCGCGGGAGGUAGGAGUCUGGCGUCUCCUGCGGCAAGUGCAUCCAAUCGUGUCGCUGGUGAAGCUUCGCUGUCCCGUGGGAAAACUCAGCAGCCCUGUUGUGUCCCAUCCAGGUAGAUCUCACCGUACGAAAGAGGUCUGGUCUGUUUGUGCCAACCGCAUCCGGCGACGUUUUUUGCCGGGGUUCGGUACGCCAAAGAAGGACGAUGCGCGCUUUCCGCGCACACGUCAAGCAGUAGAGGACCAUGUGUGUCGCUGGAGGUCGACGACGGAUGUUGUUGUAUGCGUGUUGGAUGUUCUCGUAAAGGCUAACGGUUCGGGACGUUUGAGCUCGUUUUCAUAUCUUGCAUACACUUUGGCGUAGUUUUCACAUGUUCCACGCUGUAAGGCUCAGUUUCAUCGUAUAUUGCACACUGUGUGCCGUGGCUGGAGUGUUUUGGUUCCAGCAUAUUUUCGUAAACGCUUCGUGUCUGACUUGCCUUGUGCUAGGUCGGUCGGCAGAGAACCGAACCGCCAACAAAGCUUUAACUUGUUCUGGCCAAAGUCGGCCAGAUUUCCUGUCCGAGUGUUUUUUUUUUUUCUUCGUUUUUGUGCUGGGGCAAAUCGUGAGUUCGGAGCCCCGUCGCCCCCGCCAGAAUUUAUGCCUCGACUGAUAGCACUUAAGAUAGAUGCGUACUUGUUCGGUCGUGCCCACUCGGAAAUCGAGGCAUGAUAUGACGACCGUUUUGCUUUUGCUGUUUUUGUUUAUCUACUGUCUUGCAUGCUUUUCGUUGAUAGUUUAUUCUCCACUACGCAUUCCCUCGUCUCAGGAAGUAUUGCGUGGAAAGAAGAUUUGGGCCACAUGGGUGGGAGCGGGCGAGUCUUAUUUCGCAUGUUUCUUUGUCCCAAUGCAUGGAUCGACAAGCAUGCUGCGGUAGCCUCCGGCUUGUGUUUGUCUUCGCUUGCGGCGAUGCUUCUGUGCGGUACACGACGU